AUGGCGGACUCAAUUGCAACGAUCCAAGCGGUAUUCGACGAGUUUCGAGGAGGUGAAGACUGUCUGACUGCAACGCAGCUGCCAGCUACCAUGCGCCUGCUUGGAAUGAACCCAACAGAAGACGAUGUCACUCAGCUUUGCAACAGUGUUUGCAAUUCCUCCAUGCUCGAUGGGACGGCAUUCGUGCAACUAAUGCAGGAAGCACUCCGGCAGUGGCUGGCAAAAGAUCAAGCACAGGAGCUUCUGCUCAGCUUCCAGGCUUUUGACACUCAAGGGAAUGGCCGGAUCUCCGUGGAGCAGCUGGUGCAGAUCAUGAGCAUGUCAGGCAACCCCUUCACGUCUGAAGAAUUGGAGGAGAUGCUUGCCAAUGCCGGCGUGGACGGUGAUGGGACGCUGGCAUACAGAGACUUGAUUCUGAAGCACUUCUUCAGCGCUGAAAGCAGAACUGCCCGAGGAGACUGGGAGUCUUUGCAGGGCCCAAGUGGGCCUCUGUCACCAUUGCAAGAAGCCACAACACUGGGUGAAGUGGCAAAGCUGAAAGCUGCAAGAGGCGACUUGGAGGAUGCAGCGAAUCUUCGCUGCAGAGGUUUGGCGAUUCUGGAGCAGAUCCAUGGACCCGAGCACCCAGACGUGGCAGCGGCUUUUCAUGCCAUUGCUGAGUUGAAGGAGGCCCAAGGUCGAGUUGAAGAAGCGCUGGAAGCUUACACCCGAGCUCUGGGCAUCAGAGAGAAGGUGCUUGGACCAAACCAUUUUUACGUUGCCAUGACUCUGGACAGCAUCGCCAAUCUGAAAGAUCGCUUGGGGCAAGUCGAGGAGGCGCUGGCCGUUGCCUGCAGAUCCCUGGCUAUUUGGGAGAGGUUCUUUGGACCCCAACAUCCCCACAUUGCCAAGAUCUUGUUCAACCUCGCUGGACGCAGGGAUUCGCUGGGUGAGGUAGAUGAGUCGCUCAGAUUGUACGCCCGCGCAUUGGAGAUCCAGGAGCAUCUCGAUCCUGAUAGCACAGAGGUGGCAGACAUUCUGAAUGCUACUGCCAACCUCAGAGAACGAAUGGGCGAGAUUGCAGACUGCCUAAACCUUUACUCCCGCGAGCUGGCUUUGCGCGAGAAGUUGUUUGGGGGAAGUCAUCCCGAAGUCUUGGAGCUGCGUGACAUCAUUGCCUCUUUGCAAGCUUAG